AUGGUCACGCCGCUGCCCCGCUUCCGCGCCCGGGGCUUCCGCGGCGCGGCGCGUGGCGCGCCGGCCGAGGUACCGCUCGCCGUCAGGCGGACGUGGCAGCAGCCGAUGCUGGUCGCCGCCGCCGCCGAGCCGGAGCCUGCCGUGCCGACCCACUUCUUGUGCCCGAUAUCUCUUGAUAUGAUGCGGGACCCCGUGACGGCGCCGACGGGGAUCACGUACGACCGGGAGAGCGUGGAGGGGUGGCUGGAGCGCGGCCACGCCACGUGCCCCGUCACCGGCCGGCCGCUGCGGCUGGAGGAGCUCGUCCCUAACCACGCCACGAGGAGGGUGAUCCAGGAGUGGUGCGUCGCCAACCGGGGGCUCGGGAUAGAGCGCGUGCCCACGCCCCGCGUCCCGGUCUCCGCUUUCGACGCGUCCGAGCUUCUGGAGGCGGUGUGCGCGGCCGCGAGGCGCGGCGACGGGCCGAGGUGCCGGGAGCUGGUCGCGAGGGCCAGGGCGCUCGGGAAGGAGAGCGAGCGCAACCGCCGGUGCUUCGUGUCCGCCAGCGCCGCCCGCGCGCUCUCGUCGACGUAUUGCCAUCUUGCCGGCCAGCGGGUGGUGCCAGCGACGGCCCUAGAGGAGAUCCUGGCGGCGAUGGUCGUGUUCUUGCCUCUUGACGAGGAGUCCAGGCGCCACAUUGCCUCCCCGGCGUCGCUGGGAUCCGUCGUGUCUAUCCUCUCCCACAGCGAGCCCCUAGCGCGGGUCAGCGCCGUCGUCGUUCUCCGCGAGAUCGCCUCCUCAUCCGACCGGCAGUGCCUCGAGGCGAUGUCAAAGACCACCGGCAUAUACGCGGCGCUCGUCAAGCUCCUGGAGAAACCCGUCUCGCCCCAGGCCACCAAGGCGGCGCUGGUGACCGCGUACUACCUCGUCACGCACACCGAGCUCGCCGCGUCCUGCCUCGUCGACCUCGGCGCGGUGCGGCUCCUCCUCGAGCUGCUGGUGGACGCCGACAAGGGCGCGACGGAGAAGGCGCUGGCCCUGCUGGACGGCCUGCUCCUCACAAGCAAGGGCCGCGACGAGGCGUACGCGCAGGCGCUGGCCGUGCCGGUGAUCGUGAAGAAGAUGCAGCACGUGUCGGACAUGGCGACGGAGUUCGCCGUGUCGGCGCUGUGGCGGCUGUGCAAGAACUCCCCGGCGGAGGGCGGCGGGUGCAAGGCCGAGGCGCUGCAGGUCGGCGCGUUCCAGAAGCUGCUCCUGCUGCUGCAGGUGGGCUGCGAGGGCGCCACCAAGGAGCGGGCCAGCGAGCUGCUCAGGAUCCUCAAUGGAUCCAGGGACGGCGCCGAGUGCAUCGACACGCUGGAUUUCAAGGCGCUCAAGAGACCCUUCUGA